GGGAUCGCAAAGUGACGGACUUAUUUCCUGUUUACGCAAGAGGAUCACUCUGCUACUCCUAGCUAUCGGUAGGAGGCAGGAAAUUUGGAUCCUGAGGUGUUUAUAAGAUGGUGAUGGGAGCAGCAGUGAGGAGAAGAUUGUCACCACCAGUGGCCAAGCAGCAAGACAGAAGAAAAAGAGACCAAACAAAGAAAAAGUGGCGUGGAAGACUGUGAAACAGACUCAGAACUCUGCAAAAAAUGUGCCUAUGUGGCAAGGUGCUCUCCCAGACAAUGACUCAAUCAGACUGCCUGUUGAAUAUUUCAGACAGUUUUUUGAUACUGAACUCUUAACUCUAAUUGUGAAUCAGAGCAAUCUGUACAGCACACAAGAAAAUCCAAACCAUGCCUUAAAAUUAGACCAGAAGGAACUGGAGCAGUUUAUUGGAACUGUUUUAUACAUGAGUGUUAUCCGCUUGCCUCGCUCUAGAAUCUACUGGUCUAAUGCAUGCCGUGUUGACCAGGUGGCUGAUGUGAUGCCCCGUGACAGGUGGGAAGAAAUUAAGCAAUGCAUUCAUUUCACUGACAACACGGCACCCAACAACAGUGACAGGCUGUUCAAAAUUAGGCCAUUAAUUGAUUCCCUGCUCCCCAAAUUCCAAGCUCUACCUCAAGAACAGAUGAUGUCUAUUGAUGAACAAAUGGUGCCAUUCAAAGGCAGAUCUGUUCUAAAACAGUACAUCCCGAAAAAGCCAUACAAAUGGGGCUACAAAAUCUUUGUUUUGUGUGACACAAAAGGCCUGGUACACUCAUUUGAUGUUUAUGCAGGGAAAUCUGAUCCUCCACCGGGUUCACAAGACAUUGGGGCAAGCGGGAAUGUUGUGCUAAAACUUGCACAAGUUAUUGAAGGCUCUGUCAACCACCUGCUGUACUUUGAUAACUGGUUUUCCUCGCUCAAUUUGUUUGUAGCUCUUGCAAAGAGAGGGAUACCAGCCCUCGGCACUGUUCGGCAAAAUCGCCUGCAAGACUGCAGUUUCAGCAAAGACGACACCCUCAAAAAGAAGGGAAGAGGGACAUUUGAGGAGCAACAGGCUGUUAUUGACAGUGUGGAGGUUAGGGCUGUCAAAUGGUUUGACAACAGAGGGGUGAUUGUUGCCAGCACCUUUGCAAGUGCCCAGCCUGUGUCCUUCACAGAGAGGUGGGACAGAAAGCAAAAGAGGAAAGUGUCUGUGCAAUGUCCUAGCAUCAUCACCCUCUAUAAUAAGUUCAUGGGUGGUGUUGAUGCACUUGAUGCCCUCAUCGCCUACUACCGCAUCCACAUCAGGUCUAAGAAGUACUACCACCGAUUCUUCUUUCACUUUGUGGACAUGGUGGUUGUCAACUGCUGGCUGCUCUAUCGCCGUGAUUGUGACAGUCUGAAUGUUCCACGGAAGAAGCAGAAGGACUUGCUGGCUUUCAGGCUUUCCACUGCACAGGCCCUCUGCAUGCAAGGCAAAGAUCUGACGGCCAAAAAGAGGGGGCGGCCGUCAUCGGACAUGGAGCGAGAGUUCCAGAAGAAGCAGCGCAGGGGACCAACUAAGGCUAUUCCCACACAAGAUGUCCGUGCUGAUGGAGUGGGUCACUGGCCGCAAAUUGACAGUGUGCGGCAACGCUGCAAAUUUCCAAAUGCACGGGCCACACAAGCACUAAGUGCAAAAAAUGUGACGUUCACUUGUGCCUAACUAAGACCAAAAACUGCUUCUGUGCAUUCCACGAAUAAGGAAGACAAAGACAUUGUUUGUUUACAUUGUUGUGCCUGUGUGUGUGUGUGGGUGUAUGGGUGUGUGUGGGUGUAUGGGUGUCAGCCCCUGUUCCAUAAAGUUAAAAAGUUAAGUAACUUUAUGAGUCAACAUUGUUAUUGUUGCAUUGUUUGUGAAGUUUUUCUGUGCAUUUCCAAUCAUUCUUUUAGGUUCAGCAACAUACUGUACAUUUCAAAACUUAAUUUACAAUUCAAAUGAAUCUAGAAUUCAAAUUAAUGAAAUGUUUCCUGUAAUAUUUGUGUAUAUUGUGUUGGUGACAGUAAUUGGUGUUGGUGGUAAUAUUUAUUAUUGAAUGCCUGCUGUUGGGUGCAUAAAUAAAACAUUGAUUUUUCACUGUUA